UCAAUCUAUUGCAGACUCCUCUCUCUCUCUCUCUCUCACACACACACACAGCGCACACACUCGCGAAAUCCAUUGUUUUGCUCUCCCAAAACUAUUUGCCCGCCCCCCCUCCUUUUCCAUCAUCUCUUUCCCCAAUUCUCGCUCAUCUGUCUCCCCUUUGUAUUGUUCGUUAUCAUCAUUACUACCACUCUUUAGAUUCGUUGAUUUGCUAAAAUACUCAUCCUAAUCAAAAGCUUACUCCGUGUUUAUUUUGAUCGGUUGUAUUCUGGGUUUUGAUCAAUGAUGAGUGAUUUUGAGUUCGUGAUUUAGGGUUCGUCUCGCCGACGAUGUAGUUCGAGGAAAUAAGGACUCGAUCGAUAACUUUUUGCUUAUUUAUUGAUUCAAUUGUGGGGAGUCCGACUUUUGGGAUUUUUUUUGUUGCGUUAUUUUUGGACUUUUUUUUGGCUCCGAUUAGUUUUUCUAUCAAAAUUUCCGAUUAAGGCGUAGUCGACAGGAGUUCUGUUGAUUUUAUUUUGGAACUUGGGGUUUUUUCUUAAUCCGGCCAGUUGCCAUGGAUAAUGUUGUGGGCGGAAAAUUUAAGCUUGGGAGGAAAAUUGGGUGCGGUUCAUUCGGUGAACUCUUUUUAGGCGUGAACAUACAAAGUGGAGAAGAAGUAGCCAUCAAGCUGGAGUCAGUGAAAACCAAGCACCCUCAGCUUCAGUACGAAUCAAGAGUUUAUAUGAUUCUCCAAGGAGGAACUGGCAUUCCCAACUUGAAAUGGUUUGGAGUUGAGGGCGAAUAUAGUAUUAUGGUGAUAGACCUUCUAGGGCCAAGUCUGGAAGAUCUAUUCAACUAUUGUAACCGGAAGUUUUCCUUGAAAACAGUGUUAAUGCUCGCAGAUCAGCUUAUUAAUAGAGUUGAGUACAUGCACUCAAGAGGAUUCCUUCACCGGGAUAUAAAGCCUGAUAAUUUUUUGAUGGGCUUGGGUCGCAAAGCAAAUCAGGUUUAUGUCAUUGACUUUGGUCUUGCCAAAAAGUAUAGGGAUCUUCAGACUCAUAAGCACAUACCCUAUAGGGAAAAUAAGAAUCUCACUGGUACAGCUCGCUAUGCCAGUGUCAAUACACACCUUGGGGUUGAACAAAGCCGAAGGGACGAUUUGGAAUCUCUGGGUUAUGUCCUAAUGUACUUCCUGAGAGGCAGUCUCCCUUGGCAGGGAUUAAAAGCUGGCACCAAAAAGCAGAAAUAUGACAGGAUCAGUGAGAAGAAAAUGUUAACUCCUAUAGAGGUGCUGUGCAAAUCAUAUCCAUCAGAAUUCAUAUCUUACUUUCACUAUUGUCGGUCAUUAAGAUUCGAGGACAAGCCAGAUUAUUCUUAUUUGAAGAGGCUAUUCCGAGACCUAUUUAUUCGUGAAGGUUACCAAUUUGACUAUGUGUUUGACUGGACUAUGUUGAAGUAUCCACAAAUUGGUUCAAGUUCCAGAACUAGGAAUAUCCCUGGUAAUCCUGUUACUGGACCCUCUGGUGAAAGACCAGGUAGAACAUCAGGGCAAGAUCUUCGAGAAAAGUUCUCAGGUGCAGUCGAAGCUUUCUCUAGAAGAAAUGCUACAAGUACUGGUCGGUAUGGUGAACAGUCUAGACACAGGACAUCUGAAGAUGCACCUUCAUCGAUGAAUGUGCAACCAGAUUCAGAGAAGGGCCGCACAUCGCGAAAUGGCAGCUCUUCGAAGAGAGCAGCUGUUUCAAGUACCAGACCAAGCUCAUCCGGUGAAGCCAUUGAUGGCCGCGCAGGCAAAUUGGUCCCGAGUGGCGGUCGCAUAUCAACCACGCAAAGAAUUCAACCUGGUGCUGAGCAGAAACCAUCAUCAGUCUUCACUCGCGCAGCUAAAGGCACUCGUGAUGAUCCCUUACGGAGCUUUGAGUUCCUCUCUAUCAGGAAGUAAUACCAGUGGCUCUUUUGAAAAGUAAUGUGAAGUUGACAAAGGCCACCUAUUUAUGGGAUCUUCACGUCAUCUAUAAUCCUUGUAAAUGUGAAAUGUGUCGUAGACAAUUGUUGAUGCUCAUCCAUCCUUCCAUUUGAGCAUGUUUUUUUGUGAAGAGUUAUUUUAUGUUACUACACAAUGUGUAUGCUCAUCCAAGGAAUUGAUGAGUUAAAUGUGCACCACUUUUCUAUCUUUACAAGACAAAAUUGUAGCUAUAAUAAACGUUUGCGUACCUCCA